AUGACUGAUCUUGUUGCACGGCGCAAGCAGUUCUCCAGCUGCGAUGAAUGCCGGCGGUUGAGGGUGCGCUGUGAUGCUUUGGCCCGUGGCGCUGGCAGUGGCCACCCGGGCGCUUCCCCGGUUUCUUGUUCGCGAUGUACGCGCCGCAAUGAGAGGUGCACUUUUGAGUGGAUGAAUCGAAUCCAGCCGCAGAAGGCGAAAAAGGGCAAUUCGCGCAAGAGUCGUGCGCAUGCUCAUGCUCGUCAGAAGUCUGCGUCUUCAACGGCGAGUACGAGUAAGAGUAAUGGAGCUUUGUCUGAUCUGCCCGCGGGUGGGAGGACGUCGAGUUCGCCGACGUCUGCACCUGCCGAGUCUCUUGGUAGUCCGCACGAUUUAGCACCAAAGACAAUCGACGGGGAUCGACUUGUCCAGAAUGGAACUCGACCGGAGACGUUAAUUGACCCUGCGAUAUUGGCACCGUCGCCGACGGCUGGGCUGAGUGUAUCUGAUGCUCGCAUGGCACGGGUUAUUUAUCUAGCUGGCUUCGAUACGAUAUUCGGCUCGUGGAUGAGUCGAUAUGGGUGUCCGUUUUUAGCAGGGAGCUGCACGGGUGAAGACCGGAAUAGCAUCGCCGAGGUCUGCGAACGACUUGAUCGCUGGAUGGAAGAGAUGUCACAGGCGGAUUCGCCUCAGGGUUUGAAAGAGCAUCACCGAGGGCAGAGCUCACGAGACCGGCAGGCAGAGGAGUCUCUCCAUGGGACCAUAGCGGCCUUUGCAGCGAGAUGGUUACCACUUGUGUCUCGCGAGCCGAAUACAUCAUCGCACUACCAGAGCGUUAUCCAUAGUCUUUGGAGACAUGCCCGACGGGAUAUGCUCCGUGUGAUCAAUCGCAUUUCGUACCGGUCCAUUCUCUCUCUGUUUCUGUUCGCGUUGACUCCGGUCCCUGCAGAUGUCUCGGAGGAGGAAGAGGCAGAUGGGAUAUUCGGGCAGGUGUGCAUCCACGCUGCCCUGCAACAGAUCCAGACCCUGCGCGCGCGCCAGCGGAGUCUGCGGUUCAACGGGACAAAAGUGUCGCAGCCGACAAAGUCAGAAGCGAUCCCGCCGAUUCCAGAGACGGUGCGGACGACAGAUUUCAUUGCGGCAGAGAAUAUAGCGUAUUAUGCGGCAUUGACCUUUGAUACCUCUGCUUCGCUGACACUGAAUUGUCAGUCGCUUCUUGCGGCGGGGCUGUUUGGGUUUGAGGCGGAGAUGUCCUGGAGCCUAGUUAGGGCUGGGGCCACGAUGUUUAGGGAUAAGUGGCAGAAUUGGCAGGCUGAGGGUGUUUAUGUGGUGACAGAUGACAGGGCGAACCAGAUUAUUGCCAGUGGGACAGCGUGGAAGCUGUUGACGUGGAAACUGGCGGCGAUUCUCAAGGAGGCGUUGCGGGAUGGGCAUGAUGAGUCGGAGGUACAGAGGGCGUUUAGCCUUGUUGUUGAAGCUAUGAGACAGUUCAAUGAUACUUACAAGCGGCCACUGGAGGCUUGUGAACAACGCAUGCCAUUCCUGGGGCAGCAUACAAAGUUUCGUUGGUACUCUCUCAUGUUGCACUACCACCUCUCCAUACUGCUAAUGGCGAACGCGAUCGAGGCAACAGACCGGCUAGACCUAUUCAACGAGAUAAAAGAGACCAUUGCGAGCGUGGAGAGCGUCGUGGUAAACACAUUGGCAUUCGGGCUGCACAAUACCACAACAAUGGCUAUCAACAUAGACUCCGGGGUUCCGGACCAUGUCGGCGCCACCGAAGCAUUGGUGACAGUUCCUCUAAUUUCAAUCGACCCGUAUCCACAUCAUGUCGUUGCUGCCGUACAGCUUGUCCAGGUAGCCAUCGACCGCGAACUGGAACAGAGAAAGAUCACCCACAGCGGCCAUGCGAGUGUGCGGUCUGUCCUGGAACGGGCCCUGAACCAUCUCCCGCAGAGCAAAUCUGUCAAGGCGGCGCGAGAGUCGUUUUCAAAAGAGUCUCAUUAUUCUGGAGAGCCGCCUGUUCCGUAUUCGAUUUAA